UCCAUGGAAACAAAAGAGUUACAAGUGAUGGAAGCUGAUGGUGUCAGUGAGGAAGAUGACAAUGUUAAGAUUAAAGUUGAAAACAUGGAAGAUGGCAGUACAAGAAUUCUUGAAUCAGAAAAUGAUAGCUCUCCUGAGAAAGUCAAAAGUCAUGAAGUCAAAGAAGCUGACAAUGUAAAUAACUCGCAUCCAGAUGGCACAGAAAACUGUGAAAUUAAGGCGGUAAAUGAAAAUGAUGAAAUUGUAGAUAAAGAAACUAAUAAUGAUAGUGACAAUGAUGACACAGAUAAAGAAGUUACUGAAAUUAAUGACAUGGAAGAGAUGCCAGUUGCAAGUGAGUUUAUAGAGUUUGAGUUCUCACCUAUAAAGAAAGAACCAUCGGUACAGAGGGAAAUGAGUGCAAGCCCUGAUGCGGAGGCUGUCAUAGACCAGCUGUAUGAAGCUGCACAGAAAGAAAACUCUGGAGAAUUAUCUAAUUUGAUGUUCAAUGCUGAUGAUGAUAAGGCUAGAAAAGAAAACAGUGCAGUAAAAUCAGGAGAAAAGGCAAGGGUAGAUAAACGAGGUGUAAAUCAGAAUAAAGCUAUUAUAAACUUACUGAAGAGAAAAACUCCUAUUGAAAAAGAGCACAUUGUAAGUGAUUUUGAAAUGAAGAAACGGAGAGUAGAAGCCGGAAAUGUUGACUUUACAAAUGUUAAAAAUAUACAUAAUAUUGGAUCCCUGCCCCUUGGUAAUUUGAUGUCUUUUGUUAUGCCAUUGGAGAAUUUGAAACCUGUCACAAAAAAGAAAAAGAACCCAUACAGAACGCCAACACCACCUAAUUUAAAUCCAUCAGGAGAUCCCAUUUAUGUAGCAAGGCACCAUAAAACUCCUGUUGUAGAUUCUUCAAAGCCUCAGAAUGAGAACUCUGAUAGAAAUUUGAUUGAUUAUUCUGUACUUACAAACGCCCUGACAAAGACUCUGGAGAGUAAACUUCAAGAAGGUGAAGACAAUGAUGUUAAAAUUGUCAUUUUUUGUAAUAACAAACCUAUACAGUCUUUCUCUGUCAGAAGUAAUGGUAAGAAAGGAGACGACAUGACUGCUUCAAAGAAUCUACCACCUUCAUUGUUGCCCCCUGCGUCUUCCAACUUGUCCAAAUUCUCCUCUGAGAAACUUGCAAAGGCUGCAGAUAAUUCUGUAAAGUUAAAUGAGAUUUUGGUGCAGAAUAAAACAUGUAUAGCUAAACAGAUCAACCAAAAUCAAGAGCUUUCCAGCAUCAGCGGAGUUCCUAAGAUUGGUGAUGUAAAGGCUAUAUUAGAAAGGAAUAAACGAAUUGCAAAUGAGAGUUUGGCAAAGUUUGCAACAACUCGCGCAAAGACCAAACGGAUCCCAGAUGAACAAGUUAAUAAGUUACUAAAUGAGUUAAAAACGAAGGGCAAUAAUGGUGAAACAAUGGAAGCCUUACAAAAACAAAAUUCGGAUAUUAAAAAUGACUCUAAAGAUGAUGAAGACUUUGAGGAAAGUAAUCUUGUGAUAAAUGACUCUGUCACGACAGAUGAGAAUUGUAAUGAGAGUUUUACAGAGGUCAAAUGCGAUCAGUGUCCAAAGAUGUUUAAGCAUCAGAGGUACCUUAAUAGGCACAAAAUACGAGUUCAUAGUACAUCAAAGCAAACAAGCCAACUGAAAGAACCAAGGGGAAGUGUACAGGAUGAAUCUCAUGAUGAUGGAAUCAAUAAAACAAUAGCUGAUCUGUUAUUAUCAUCUUCUGAGAAAACCACUCAUGGUGAGAAAUUGGACGGAACUUCUGACGUGUCAAAUGUGAUAAAGACCGAGCCUGUGUCCGAUUCUGAAGAUCAGGAAAUACAAUCUUUACUUGCUGAUGAAAAUGUGAUCAAGAAUCUGAUCGAAACGUCUGAUGACAGUAAGUUAUCCUCGUCCUCUCAAGAGAAUCAACCCCCGCAGGUACUGGCAAAGGACCUUCUCGAUCCUAGUUAUAAGUCGAAAGUAUUUCCAUUAAACAGUAUGCCACGAGUAACGGGCGAUGGCCUAAUUGAACCUGUCUAUGUUUGCGAACAGUGCGGAAAGUUUUAUCGUGCGCGUAAAACAUUAAAAGAUCACUUUUUACGAGAACAUGCUAAAGACAAGGAUGAUGAGCCCCUGUAUCUGUACAUCACGGGGAACAAAUAUCAAUGCCCAAUCUGUUUUAACAAUUAUCAUUCCGGUAGUGAGUUGGUCAGUCACACAAAGAAACAUACAGGCGAGUUACGGAGUGUUUGUAAACUAUGUGGUAAAGUGUAUUCCUCGGUCCAUGUUUUACGUCGACAUAUCGACAAUAUUCAUUCCGACGUGAAGCCACGCCCAUUCCAAUGUGAGUUAUGUGAUUACGCAGCUACGAAUAAAUGGCACUUGAAGGAGCAUUAUAGAAGACAUACAGGUGAACAACCAUACAAGUGCCCAGUAUGUGAGAAGCCAUUUAGUCACCAGGGUACAAUGAAUAGACACUGUAAAACUAUACAUAAAUUAGAAGUACCGUCACAAAGACCUUUCAUAAAGAAUAACAUCUCGGAACUCCCCGACUUGCCACAUGAUUCUUCGAUGUCUGAAGACGGUUUUCCAAUGCCAGAUGGGUUUCCAACAAAGGAAGAUAUAAAUCUUAUGUGUUCGGAAAGUGAGAUGCAGGGGACAUCGUCCGAUUCAGAGAAAGACACAGAUCUUGAUCUCUCUAUUGUUAAAACAGAGCCGCAAGACGUAGAAGUAGAAUGAUUUUGUGCAUGC